CUGAAGUGCAGUUGAGCUGUUGUGUGUUAGUGUCUCUGUGUAAAAUGGCAGAAGGCAGAAUUUCUCAGGAUGAGUUCAAGUGUUCAGUGUGUCUGGACCUCCUGAAGGAUCCAGUGACCAUUCCCUGUGGACACAGUUACUGUAAGAGCUGUAUAACAGGCUGCUGGGAUCAGGAGGAUCAGAUGAGAGUCUACAAAUGCCCUCAGUGCAGACAGACCUUCAGUCCAAGACCUGCUUUAGCUAAAAACACCAUGCUGGCUGAAGUGGUGGAGAAACUGAAGAAGAGAAAACCUCCUGCUGACUGUUACGCUGGAGUUGGAGAUGUGCAGUGUGACGUCUGUACUGGAAGAAAACACAAAGCCAUCAAGUCCUGUCUGGUGUGUCUGGAGUCUUACUGUCAGAAUCACCAUGAAGAACAUGAAAGUUACUUUAAAAGAAAGAGGCACAAUCUGACUGAAGCCACUGGACGACUGCAGGAGAUGAUCUGCCAAACACAUGAUAAACUCCUUGAGAUUUUCUGCCGCACUGACCAGAAGUUUAUAUGUGUGCUGUGUACGAUGGAUGAACAUAAAAACCAUGACACUGUAUCAGCUGCAGCACAGAGGACAGAGAAACAGAACCAGCUGAAGGAGACGCAGAAGUCGUUCCAGCAGAGGAUCCAGCAGAGAGAGAAAGAUCUUCAGCAGCUGAGAGAGGCUGUAGAGUCUCAUAAGAGCUCUGCACAGACAGCAGUGGAGGACACUGAGAGGAUCUUCACUGAGCUCAUCCGCUCCAUUGAGAGAAGCCGCUCUGAGGCCACACAGCGGAUCAGAGAUCAGGAAAAGACUGCAGUGAGUCGAGCUGAAGGACGACUGGAGCAACUGGUGCAGGAGAUCAAUGAUCUGAGGAGGAGAGAUGCUGAGCUGGAGCAGCUUUCUCACACACAGGAUCACAUCCAUUUCCUGCAGAGUUUCCAGUCUCUCUCAGCUCCUCCUGAAUCUACAGACAUAAAUGACGAUCCCUUCAGUUCUCUCUCCUUUUUUGUUGGCGUGAGAGAAUCUGUCCGUCAGCUGAGAGACAAACUGGAUGAUUUCUGCAAAGAGGAGCUCAAGAAAAUCUCUGACAGAGUCACGUUCACCAACAUUGUUCCCAGGACCAGGAACGACUUCCUACAAUAUUCUCAUCAGCUCACUCUGGAUCUGAAAACAGUGAAUAAAUGCCUCCGUCUGUCUGAGAGGAACAGAGUGAUUACUGGUACUGACACAGUCCAGACGUAUCCUGAUCAUCCAGACAGAUUUGGUUAUUAUAAACAAGUGUUGUGUAGAGAGAGUGUGAGUGAUCGACGCUGUUACUGGGAGAUUGAGUGGAGUGGAUGUGAAGUGUCUAUAUCAGUGUCAUAUAAGAGCAUCAACAGGAAGGGACGGGGUAAUGAGUGCGAGUUUGGACGUAAUGAUCAGUCCUGGGGUUUGUACUGCACUUCUGACAGUUACUCAUUCAUACACAAUAACACAGAGACUGAUCUCACCGUAGUGUUCAUCAGCAGUAGAGUAGGAGUGUAUGUGGAUCACUGUAGAAUAGGAGUGUAUGUGGAUCACAGUGCAGGAACUCUGUCCUUCUACAGCGUCUCUGGAGACACAAUGAGCCUCAUCCACACAGUCCAGACCACAUUCACUCAACCGCUCUAUCCUGGGUUUAGGCUUUGUAAAGGAUCAUCAGUGAAACUGUGUUGAUGAAUCAGAAUAAGAUUAUAGAGAGAUUCUACUCAUAAUACUUUGAGCUUAUAAUAAAUCAGUGACUGUCACACACUGGCUUGACUAGAUGAUCCAAGAUAAGAUGAUCUUGAUGCAGAAAGACGAUGAACACUUAUAUUUAAUAAACACCAGCAGGAAACUUUAACACAAGACAAAGAACAUAAAAUGACUGAGGGUUUAAAUACACUAGAUAACAAGGGACUAAAUGAAGGACAGAUGAUGGUAAUAAGUUGUCAUGGUUAUAAACAAGGGGUGCUAUGGAAUUGAACAAGAUAGCAAUGGAAACAGGAACCAGAAACUAAACCACAGGCACAACAUGAAGACAGAGACAUACAGGUAAUCCUGACAGUAACAGUGAGAUGUUAUACAGUCUCUUCAUUACAUUAAUACUACAGCUGAAAUUCUGUCACUGAAAUAACCUGUUCAGGUUCUUCCAGUCGAGCCCUAGAGCCGUAUUGGUUGAGUAAAGGAUGAGAUCCCACUAAACUCUAUAAUAAAAGUCAGAGAAGGUUUAAGGAUGAGUGAGAAAAACAAGGUGAAGAGCAAAAGAAACCUAGAAAAAACAGGCAAGGAAUCUACAAGAACAGAAUGUCAAAGUCGAGUGAAUUAAGAGAAAAGAAUGAAUCAAUCGCACAGUUUGAAGAUCAGUUCCUGUAAAUGAAGGAUCUGAGGAUCUCAAACCUGUGUUAUUUCAACCAUACAUCUGUGUUGUGCUUUAUUUUCUUUGUUUUUAUAUUAAGUAUAAUCAUUUAUCAUCAUCAGUCAUGUAUGUUUUUAAUUUUAUCAUUUCAUCAUUUAUGCAUUUUAUUAUUAUUAUUAUUAUUAUUAUUCAUUUAUUUUUGUAUAUUUUAUUUUACUUAUUUCCUUGUUACUGUAGUUUAAUAUUCUGAUUGUGGGUUUCACAGAAUGUGGCAUGUUUGUCUUCAUGAAUAAGAGCUCAGAGGAAUAUCACAGUUUCAGGGUUUUAUGGGAUGUUGAUGUGAAGCAGUCUGCAAUAAACACACUUGUUGUAUUUGUGCUGGU